AUGUCUCCCUCAGCAAACGGUAUCAACGGCACUUCCAACGGCGCUUUCCACCAGUCUCUUGACGGUCUCGAAGAGAACCCUCUCCGACGGACCUGGCGUGGAAACAAACAGGGAACAAUUGAGCUGGGUACUGUCCCUACGUUUGACAAUCCUUAUGAAGAACGUGAAUGGAUCAAGGAGCAUAUGGCUGCCGCCUUCCGUUACUGGGGAAAGAUAGGUUUCGCUGAGGGAGUUUCUGGUCACAUAACUGUUCGUGAUCCAGUCCUUCCCGACCACUACUGGAUGAACCCCUUUGCCGAACACUUCUCGACCAUGACCAAAUCUAUGUUGUGUCUCGUUGGUCCUGACGGUUAUGUUACUAAGCAUGGUGCACAGCUGCCCAUUAACACGGCCGGAUUCUACAUUCACAGCGCUAUUCACAAGGCCCGUCCCGACGUGAAGGCAGCCGCUCACUGUCACUCCGUCAACGCCAAAGCCUGGGCCGCAUUCGGCCGCCCCAUCGAAACACUGACCCAAGACUCAUGCUUGUUUUAUGACAACCACUGUGUGUACGAGAACUUUGGCGGCAUCGUUCUUGCCCAGGAAGAGGGCGAAAACAUCGCCAAGGCUAUGGGUCCCAAGUUUAAGACUUGUAUCUUGCAAAAUCAUGGACUUUUAACUCUCGGAAACACCGUUGAUGAAGCCGUCUAUUUGUUCGCUGCCCUCGACCGGCAAUGCAAAGUCCAGCUUAUGGCUGAGGCUGCCGCUGCCAACGGGCUAAAAAAGACCAUCAUCUCAAAGGAGGACGCCGAAUUCACUGCAAGGACCAUCCAGUGGUGGGAGAACACUUACUUCCAACCUGAAUAUAAGCUUCUUUUGCAGGAGACCAAUGGAGCAUUCUUGCUGUGA